CGUGGAGAUAAAUGUCAAGUACUAUACUGGCCGUUAUCGCCAGUAUCGGCUAACCUACUUAUCGAGACGGCCGUCCAAUGUUACGAGCUUGUAUGUAUCGGCCAACAAGAUGAGGGGAACGGAUGAGGGGUUUCGAUAAGCAGAACGUCCGUUCCUGUCCUGGCGAUGCAUAUCUUAUCAUCUUCGUGCGCUGGGCAACGGAGGCCCCCGCAAAGUUGAUUUGAUGUUCACUACCGGUAUAUAAGAAGGGAGAGAUACAGCUCAUUUAACUCCCCCCUCGUGAGCGAUAUGGUGCCCUUUGCGUUCGGACGCUCUACGCUGCUUUCAAGUUGCAGCUUGUCAACUAGAAGAUCUGCCCUUCAAUCCCAGCAACAGGUUCCGUUUCCUCGAAUUAGACAGUUCUCUUCGUCUUUGCGGCUCGCUAUGUUGACUACUGAAUUGUCGGAAGCCCAAGUGUCGGCGUUGAGGGCCAAUAAAGAGCGAUUGGCGAAGGACCUGCACCAUAGCUGCCAAUGGGGCUCAGGUAUACGAUGGGGAGACGGUCCAACGGACACUGGAAUGCAACGUCUUGCCUUAUCUGAGGAUGACAAGAAAGUCCGCGAUUGGUUCAUCGAGACGACCAAGGCACUUGGUUGUAACAUCACCAUCGACGAGAUGGGCAACAUCUUCGCUGUUCGACCAGGAAAGAGAAAGGAUGUGCCCGCUACAUUCAUCGGAAGCCAUCUCGACACGCAGCCCACUGGUGGUAGAUACGAUGGUAUCCUCGGGGUGUUAGCAGGCAUUGAAACGUUGAAGGUCAUGGAGGAGAUGGGACUGGAAACUGAAGGGGGCGUUGGAGUUGUGAAUUGGACGAACGAAGAAGGUGCUCGAUUCCCCGUUAGUAUGAUAUGUUCAGGUGUAUGGGCUGGCUUUAUACCUCUUGACCAGGCGCAUGCACUCAAGGAAGUUCCAACAGUUGCUUCUCUACCUACGGCAGCUUCAGCUCCCGAGACUAUGAAGUCUGCCCUGGAAAAGAUCAAUUAUCUGGGAACGGUACCGUGCUCAUAUAAAGAAACCCCUAUGGCCGCGCACUUUGAACUGCACAUUGAGCAGGGUCCACACCUCGUGUCUGCCGGUCAGCGCGUUGGUGUCGUGACGGCGGUACAGGCCUACCGCUGGUAUCGUCUCAAAGUCAUCGGACGGGAUACACACACAGGAACGACGGCAUUCCAACACCGCGCGGACGCACUUUACGCCUUUUCCCGUAUGAUGGUGCGUGCCAGGGAAAUCGCCGAUAGUCAUGGUUGUCUGGCCAGUGUUGGUAUCAUAGACGUGAAGCCGGGCAGUGUAAAUACUGUUCCCGGGCUAGUAAACUUCUCACUGGAUGUGCGAGGGCCGGAGACAGAGCUCGUCGCGACUGUGGAAGCUGAGCUGAAGAAGGAGUUUGAUGGUAUUGCGGCAGAGGAAGGCAAAGGGAUCGGAAAGCCGUGCCGCGUGGAGUGGACGCUUGACUUCGACUCUCCAGCAGUCAAGUUCCACGACGACUGUAUCGCAUGUGUCCAAGAGUCGGCAGAGGCUGUCGUCGCUGAUGCUGGCGUGGCUGACUCCAAGUCACUUGUUCGCACAAUUAUGAGCGGUGCUGGUCAUGAUAGUGUCUUCACCUCGAAGAGAGUCCCAACUAGCAUGGUCUUUGUUCCUUGCAAGGACGGCCUGAGCCAUCACCCAGAGGAGUUUUGCUCCGCGGAUGACUGCGCCACUGGCGCUUCAGUUAUUCUACAGGCUGUGGUGAGAUAUGACCGCAAGAGAUUCCAGUCAUAAAAGGGAAGAUUUCCGAGCCAACACGGAGGAAUUCUGUACAUAGUUCUGACCGUCCAUAUCCAUAAAAGCUUCAUUGAGGUUAGUUGAAAGAUGGGGAGCCUAGUCUACUUUUGAGGAAGCA